AUGAAAGCAAGCUCGCAGAGCAAGUUGUAAAUCUUCCUCCACCUCCUGGUGGAGGACAUGGAGCUUGGUCACCCGCACUACCACCACCACCACCACCACCACCUCAAGUUGCAAUUAUGUCAAGUAGUGAAAUGAGUUCCAAUUACUCCGGCUCACACAGUUCGUCAGGAUUGCCUCCAUCACACCCGUCCUUGACUCUUGGGUUCACCAAGAGCAGCUUCAGCUACGGUGAAUUAGCAGCAGCAACUGCAGGAUUUUCUCAAGCUAAUCUACUAGGCCAGGGAGGUUUUGGUUAUGUGCAUAAAGGGGUGUUGCCUAAUGGCAAGGAAAUUGCAGUUAAGAGUCUCAAAACUGGUAGUGGACAAGGAGAUCGAGAAUUUCAGGCUGAGGUUGAGAUUAUUAGCCGCGUCCAUCAUCGCCACCUCGUGUCCCUUGUUGGUUAUUGCAUUGAAGGAGGUCAAAGGUUGUUGGUUUAUGAGUUCGUCCCCAAUUCCACCCUUGAAUUUCACCUUCAUGGUAAGGGUCAUCCGACCAUGGGCUGGCCUACUAGGCUCAAAAUUGCGCUGGAUCGGCCAGAGGACUUGCAUACUUGCAUGAAGACUGUAAGCCACCCACGCAUUAUCCACAGGGACAUUAAAGCAGCAAAUAUUCUGCUUGACAACAGUUUCGAAGCUAUGGUGGCAGAUUUUGGUUUGGCUAAGCUAUCUUCAGACAACUAUACUCAUGUAUCUACUCGAAUAAUGGGAACAUUCGGGUACUUGGCUCCAGAGUAUGCUUCGAGCGGCAAGCUUACCGAUAAAUCUGAUGUUUUCUCCUUCGGUGUCAUGCUAUUGGAACUAAUAACUGGACGUCGCCCUGUGGAUCUCUCCGGGGACAUGGAUGACAGCUUGGUAGACUGGGCUAGACCGUUAUGUGCAAAAGCACUAGAAGAUGGAAACUACGAUGAGUUGGUUGAUCCAGCUUUGGAGGGCAAUUACGAUCUCCAGGAGAUGGCAUGCAUGGUAGCAUGCGCUGGUGCAUCAGUUAGUCAUUCAGCAAAGAGGAGGCCGAAAAUGAGCCGGAUUGUACGAGCACUUGAAGGUGAAGUCUCCUUGGAAGAAGGGAGGAAAGCUGGCCUAAUCUUCAGCUCCGCUUCCAGUUCUGAUUAUGACCAUAGCUCAUACAGUACAGAUAUGCGGAGGUUUAGGAGGACGGCAUUAGACAGCAACGACUAUGUAAGCAGCGAAUUUGGUCACACGAGCGAAUAUGGGCUGAAUCCUUCCUCUUCCAGCAGUGAAGAAAUGAGUCAAAUGACCAAGAGUCGGGCAGGGAGUCACAGACGUAGCCCUUGAGAAUUCUCAAAAUUUCAAACUUCCAAGACCAUCGAAAAUCAUUUCAAUUUGAGUUUAUAGUAUAUACAAUAUUAUUAAGAGCAGGAUUGUGUAGAAUUUAGUCUAUAUGUUUUCAGUUAUUUCACGAGUGAAAGACUUUUACCAUGCAUGACUGUAAUUAUACAGGCGUGGCCAUGAAUAUUGAAAAAAAAAAGAAAAAAAGGUGAUGGGUGAUGGCAAGAUUUGAUGUAAUUUUUUAGGUGUGGCUAUUGAUAUAAUUUUUUUUUUAAAUGAUGACGGGUUAUGGCACAA